AUGAAGGCUCAGGGCGCUGCCUGCCAGGAGCCCCGGGAGCGUCCCCAAACCUCCCGCAGGCGUGCGAGAGCCCGGCCUGAUCCUCGGGGGCUGCAGAACCGGGGGGACACUCCCAGCUCGUUCCCCAGGCCGAGCAUCCCGGGGGGAGCGGCAAAUCCCGGGAGAGCGGCACAUCCAUCACAUCCCGGGGGGAACGGCACAUCCCGGGGGAAACGGCGGCACAUCCCGGGGGAAACGGUAAAUCCCGGGGGGAACGGCACAUCCCGGGGGAAACGGCGGCACAUCCCGGGAGAACGGCACAUCCCGGGGGGAACGGCACAUCCCGGGGGGAACGGUGCAUCCCAGGAGACCGGCACAUCCCGGGAGAGCGUCACAUCCCGGGAGAAUGGCACAUCCCGGGAGAGCGGCACAUCCCGGGAGAGCGGCGGCACAUCCCGGGAGAGCGGCACAUCCCGGGAGAGCGGCACAUCCCGGGAGAGCGGCACAUCCCGGGAGAACAGCACAUCACAUCCCGGGGGGAACGACACAUCACAUCCCGGGAGAGCGGCGGCACAUCCCGGGUGA